AUGAAAGCCGUAUUUUCUUCACUCGCUUUAACAAUGCCUCUGUUUGUUGGCAGUGCCAUUGCCGACACUGGAAACAGUACUUCUCCGCCGAUUGAAGUUAUAGGGAAUAAGUUUUUUUACUCGAACAACGGAUCUCAGUUUUACAUUAAAGGUGUUGCGUAUCAGGCAGACACUGCCAAUACUACGUCAGAUGACUCUUUCGUGGACCCCCUCGCUGACUACGAAACAUGCAGUCGAGACCUCCCUUACCUUCAAAAGCUCAACACCAACACCGUGAGAGUCUAUGCGCUAAACACCACAGCUGACCACACGAAGUGCAUGGAAGCGUUUGCCGAUGCCGGCAUAUAUGUGAUUGCGGAUCUUUCGCAACCUUCGGAGUCCAUUAACCGGGAUUCACCAUCCUGGACCCUGGACCUUUACAAACGUUACACGUCGGUGGUGGAUUCGUUUCACAAUUACACAAAUGUGCUAGGUUUUUUCGCUGGUAACGAAGUCACGAACAACAAAUCCAACGCGAAUGCUUCGCCUUUUGUUAAAGCAGCCAUCAGAGAUGUCAAGGCUUACAUUAAGCAAAAAGGCUACAGAAACAUUCCAGUGGGCUACUCCUCAAACGACGACGAGGACACAAGAGUUCCUUUGGCAGACUAUUUUGCGUGCGGCGAUGACGACGAAAAAGCCGAUUUCUUCGGUAUCAACAUGUAUGAGUGGUGCGGGAAUUCGACCUACAGCACGUCUGGAUACGAAGACAGAACCAAGGAUUUCUCAAAUCUCACAAUCCCAGCCUUUUUCUCUGAGUAUGGUUGCAAUGCAGUCCAACCUAGACAAUUCGAUGAAGUAGGAACGUUGUAUGGUGACGAAAUGACCAAAGUUUGGUCCGGUGGUAUCGUUUACAUGUAUUUCGAAGAGGCAAACAAUUACGGUCUAGUUUCUGUGAGCGGUAGCAGCGUCAAGACUUUGGACGACUACAACAAUUUGAGAGACCAACUUGCUUCUAUUUCUCCUAGUCUAGCCGAAUCACAGUCCUACACACCAACCUCCACGUCUUUAUCUUGCCCAGCAAAUGCUACCAACUGGAGAGCUGCGACUAACUUGCCACCGACUCCUCAGCAAGAUGUCUGUGAUUGUCUUUCCAGCUCUUUGUCUUGCGUCUUGAGCGACAGCGUUGACUCGUCCGACUAUGGUGACCUAUUUGGAACUUUAUGUGGUGAAAUCGACUGCAGUGAUAUUACCGCGGACGGCGAAAGCGGCGACUACGGUGAAUAUUCAUACUGUGACCCAGACGUUAAGCUAUCUUACUUGCUAAACAAGUACUAUGAGGCUCAGAACAAAAACAAAUCAGCGUGCUCCUUUAGCGGAUCUGCAAGCUUGGCUUCUGGGCAGAGCACUGCAUCUUCCUGCAGUGCUGUUUUGGCUUCGGCGACCGCCGGUGGAUCUUCCGGUAGUGCGUCAGGUGGCUCUAAAGCCAGCGGUUCUUCAUCGGCAAGCUCGGCCUCCGGCAGCUCUUCGAGCAGUUCAUCUUCGUCAUCCAAAAAGAACGCUGCCUCGGUUCAAACACCAAUUUCGAGCGGUGGCCUCCUUUUGAUGACUCUGUCGAUUGCGUUUGGCUCUAUUGGCCUUGGUUCUAUCCUCUUCUGA